CCGUUUCAUUCUAAAGUGACACACGUCAGUACGACAAGGAAAUCGCUAACAAAAGGCCUGGAAAACAAAUAUGCCCGACCCAGUAAAGAACCUAGGCUCAGUCUGGUAGGUUUGGGCUUUUCCUUCGUUUAUCCAGUUCCUGAUUUAUUCCAAAAUUAUCCAGUCACGCGAGAACUAGCUCCGAACUAGAUUGUGAGGCGUAUAUACGUCAUCAUGGCUGCAGGACGCAUUCGAAACAGGGGCUGUGUGCCCUACUUGGAGGGGGAGGGGAUUUUCUUGAGGCCCCUCACGACCGCCAAAACGACUAAAAACUCCUGCUACGACAGUGCAAUGUCCCCUUUCCAGAGAAUGUACCGGCAUCACACCUUGGCCAGUGCUCGAAGAUUCGCCCACUUUAAAAAUUUCGAUGGUCUAAUACCAACAGAUGAUCUGGACUUCGUACUAACCUCCACCUACGAUCAUUCCUCUGAGUUUUUCCCAGAAAAACUCGAUACAUACCUCCAGCCUGAAACGCACGGUAUCAACACUUGGAGAAGGUUGAGGAAUACCAGGGACCUCACUCCAGAUAGGGAACAAUUAGCUGCAUUGGAACGUUCUGGACAGAAGGAUGAAAACGCUUCAACCAGACAAGGAAGAUCAUCGAGGAAGAAGUUCGUCACAGUGCCUUACAGAUACAAUUUCGCUCACAAAUUGCUCAUUGGUGGUGUAACAGAGAAGAAGCAUCCAAGUAGCGUCAAACUGGUGAAUUCAUCGCAUCAUUCUCCGCAAACCAAUGCCGGUUAUUCCAGACAGCCCAGAGAUGGAAACUUUUAUCAAUACUAGUCACAUCAAAAUAAAGAAAACGUACCCUAG